AUGUCAACGAAUAUACAACCUCAGGUUGACAUAAUACCAACAAUACCUAACAUGGUUAUCAUAAAUACUAUAAAUCAUCUUGUUGAUAGAAUCAAAAUUCUAUCAGAGCAAGUACAUACAUGUAUGAAAAUUAGUGAUCAAUUCAUAAACCAUUCAUUUAAAUCAAUAAACAUAAAUGGUACCCAUGCAAAAUAUGUCCAUAAUCGAAGCGUUCUGUAUAUUAUCAAAAAACUUUUACGCCUGAAACAAUCAAACCAAAAUGUAAUCAAAUCAUUGCAUCGUUAUCAAUGCUAUAUGGAAAAAUUAAUUUUUGAUAUACAACAAGAAACUGCAAGAAGUAAUCAAACGGAAAUUACAAGAAUUAAAUCAAGAAGGUCCAAACACCGACUAUUUCUUUCAAGUUUAAAACACAAGAUGGCUAAUAAUAGAAAUUUAAAAAUGAUGAAUCAGAUCAUGAGUAAAACACCAAACAAGUCAAAUAAGAAAUUAUUGCAAAAAUUAUUAGAAAAUAACGAAGAAAUUCAGACUGUUAGAAGUGAACUAACUAUACAAUAUAAUCGAAUUAAUCAAUAUUUGCAAGCUGAUCUCAACACAAUGAGAACUCGACACAGAUAUCAAGGUCAACAGUUACUUCAUUUAAAUAAUUUACCACUGAAACCAAUAAUUACUAAAAUUAAUCUUGAACCACAUAGGCUAUGAAGCAUGUGUGAUGCCACAAUGUCAACUACGAACUUGACCAAUAAACGAAUGAUCCAUUUAAAUCACAACAUAAAAAGAAAACUAUAGAUAUUUUUUCUUGCUUCUGUAAGCUAU